AACAUAUUUCAGAUUAAGUUAAAGUGUUUAUUGUGAAAUUGUGAACAUAUUUCAGAUUAAGUUAAAGUGUUUAUUGUGAAAUUGUGAACAUAUUUCAGAUUAAGUUAAAGUGUUUAUUGUGAAAUUGUGAACAUAUUUCAGAUGUUCAAGCUGCCAUUAUGCCGUACUUGUUCAAUAUAUACUUGGAAUGUUUUUAAAAAAAAUCAGCACUUUAACUCUCUUUGCUUUCAAGUUUCGGAAAAGCUCUUAAAUAACCCAGACAUUAGUAAAGGGAAACUAUUCUUUAAAUAGGAAUAAAAAUAACGGAUUUCGUCCCUUGGUACACGCCAAGUCUUAAAUCGAUCUUUCAUUAAGAAACAGGAUUCGAGGCUUAGACCUUUAGUAGAAAGACUAACAGAAGGAUUAGAAGGAUAGUCAGCGGUGUAAUAGAAAACUUUCUUCUAUUCCCUUUCUUUCUUCUUAACAUCUGAUAAUGACUCAAAACCACUGCUGCCCACAUGACCUGACUCAUUUUGUACUUUUUAAUAUGCGGGAGGUGCAAAGGCGAAGGUCGAUAAUUACCUCAUCGCUGUAUUUAACCAAUAGUAGGCCUACAAAACAAAUGCUAACAGCCACUAUACGAUGUUCUUUAAAUGUGUUUUAGUAAUUUAAGCAAUGGCUAUGCAAAGAUUUCAAUAAAGAUUGUAAUUUAUGACCAUUGAAAGAGUUCAAUAAAGGAAUAUAAAUCAAUACAGCUUCAUCAAAACAAUACAAAGACUAUUUCUUUAAAAAAGUUUUAGCAGGUAAAAUAAAUUCAGAUUAAAAUUAAUAUAUAUCUAAAUAUAAUUAGUAAGUUCGGUUUAAUUUUGUCUUGACUUUGAUUUAUGACAGUCGACUAGACUUGUUUUGUAGGCGAAGACUCAGCCUGUGCAGGAAGUAUUUUAGACGUGAGCUACCGGUAAUGAAAACAUACACAAUAAACACCCAAUAUUAAAGCUGGAGUUAGUUUGAGAUCCCUUAAAUCCGAGACACAUUGAAAUGUAGACAAGUUAGCUUAGAGCUUAGAAUGUUAAACAUAGAUAAAUUACUCUAAACAAAAGUGAUAAUUUUUUUUUAAUCGCAGUCGGCAUUGGUAAAACAUAUGCAUUUUGUCACAAUCUAUAGACUUCUUAUCAAACCUGGUUUAUUGAACUAAUAUAAUAUCGUGGGUUUUCUGGAAUCGAUUAAAAAAUUGAACAUGAAAAGCAACAGGUUAGCAUUGAGACUAUAAGUGAGAGCUCUUCUCUGUAAAGCGAUUAGUUAGGACGUAUGUUUACCUUAGGCCGACACUUUCCCAUUCAAAGAUUGACAGGCAAUUGAACGGAAGAUAUUGAUACAACUCGGUCACGACUUCAGGCACAGAUUACUUUCUAUUGUAAUGUUUGAUAUACCCUCCUUUUUUUCUUCUUUUCUAUCCAAGGCAGUUUUACAAGUGGUUCAAUAUUUGAUAUAAUCAUUCUCGCGUUAGAUCACAGAGAGUCUCGUGUUGUAACGAGCAUAAACGAAAUUCUUCUUCGACCUAGAUAGAAUACGUAGAUUUAUAUUCUAUAGUAAUACACUAACUACAGCACGGGCUCUCCAAAUAUCUGUGGUACUUGAAAACACAAGUUAAUGAUAUUCAAGUUUAUAAUUUCGUGAAACAUUCAAUUAUAUGUCAGAGAAAUAAAGACAUCGACUAGUUCUAAAACAUCAAUUCAAAACAGAAAACACUUGGUAAACAUUGUCCUAAUUUACAUAAUAUACUGAAAAAAGAAAAAGUUGUCUGAGCAUAAGUGCCUGUAGUCUCUCUCUUAGUUAGAUCCAAAACAGGAUGGAGUUAUAAUCGAAGGACAAGAAACGUAUGAAUUAAUUUCUAUAGAUCAAAGGGUACAAAUUAUAUUGCAUAUAUCAAGACAUGAGUUAUAUUAUUUAUAUAUAUUAUUAUUAUAUAUAUAUCAAGACAUAUAUUCUAUUCUAUGUAUCAAGACAUGGGUUACACUUUAUAGAUCGAAUUGUAUCAAUUGUAUUGUAGAGACCGUCAAGUUAUAUGUCGACUAAGUCAGCUCAGAUACAAUCAUCUUUAAGUAAUAGUGUCUGUUCAUUGAGCAUGCUGGAGCUACAGCAGACAAAUUGAACCCAACGUGUGAGAACCACUGGUGUCAGUGUACAUUCAGUUGAAUGUACUAAGCUGAUAGGCCAGAAAGUGGGUCCUUGUGUAUGUGUGUGUGUGUAUUAUAUAACUACUUGGAACUGUCUAGUGAAAGCAAUGUAUCACUUAUCAUUCUGGAUGUUAACUAGCCUUCAUACAUCCAAUGUUUGAAAAGUCCCUGAUGACGAGUCCACAGAAUGACCAAUGUGAAUGAAAUCAAUCAACUAAGACGCCAGAACACUGCCCCUGUGAUUUCCAUGGUCACCUGUGACAUAUGCGGUCAAAGGACCAGGCAGCAAGACUUACUUUCUCAUCAGAUUAGAAAGCGAUGUCUGGACUCAAAACUGAAACAUGAUGUUGUUUGUGCUGUCAAAGACCGUCAAGUUAUAUGUCGACUAAGUCAGCUCAGAUACAAUCAUCUUUAAGUAAUAGUGUCUGUUCAUUGAGCAUGCUGGAGCUACAGCAGACAAAUUGAACCCAACGUGUGAGAACCACUGGUGUCAGUGUACAUUCAGUUGAAUGUACUAAGCUGAUAGGCCAGAAAGUGGGUCCUUGUGUAUGUGUGUGUGUGUAUUAUAUAACUACUUGGAACUGUCUAGUGAAAGCAAUGUAUCACUUAUCAUUCUGGAUGUUAACUAGCCUUCAUACAUCCAAUGUUUGAAAAGUCCCUGAUGACGAGUCCACAGAAUGACCAAUGUGAAUGAAAUCAAUCAACUAAGACGCCAGAACACUGCCCCUGUGAUUUCCAUGGUCACCUGUGACAUAUGCGGUCAAAGGACCAGGCAGCAAGACUUACUUUCUCAUCAGAUUAGAAAGCGAUGUCUGGACUCAAAACUGAAACAUGAUGUUGUUUGUGCUGUCAAAGACCGUCAAGUUAUAUGUCGACUAAGUCAGCUCAGAUACAAUCAUCUUUAAGUAAUAGUGUCUGUUCAUUGAGCAUGCUGGAGCUACAGCAGACAAAUUGAACCCAACGUGUGAGAACCACUGGUGUCAGUGUACAUUCAGUUGAAUGUACUAAGCUGAUAGGCCAGAAAGUGGGUCCUUGUGUAUGUGUGUGUGUGUAUUAUAUAACUACUUGGAACUGUCUAGUGAAAGCAAUGUAUCACUUAUCAUUCUGGAUGUUAACUAGCCUUCAUACAUCCAAUGUUUGAAAAGUCCCUGAUGACGAGUCCACAGAAUGACCAAUGUGAAUGAAAUCAAUCAACUAAGACGCCAGAACACUGCCCCUGUGAUUUCCAUGGUCACCUGUGACAUAUGCGGUCAAAGGACCAGGCAGCAAGACUUACUUUCUCAUCAGAUUAGAAAGCGAUGUCUGGACUCAAAACUGAAACAUGAUGUUGUUUGUGCUGUCAAGUGUAUGGCCAGGAAAGUAAGAUUACAUCAGAAUGACCUAGACCUUCAGCACAGGCAACUUAUGCGCCAUUUUGGUAGAUCUAUAACGUCACUAUCAGACCAAUCAAACAGAGGUCCACUUACCACAACAGCUACACAAGAAAUUAUUCCCUGCAGAAAGUGCAACAAGUUCUUUAAGCCCAGCCAAAACAGCCCUGGGGCGUGUCGUUGGCACCUUGGACCAAUAGUUCACCUUUUUGGUGGCACCUGCUCGUCGUGUGGCAGACUGGACUAUCAAAAUGGAUGCAUUGUCGGCUGCCAUGAAACUUGAACCUGCAGUUUUACAGAAUAAAAGUUGGCCAUUGCUUGAAGGAAGUUUUUGUUAUGAAUGAAAGUAAUCAAAAAUAUAUUUUAGCGUGAAUUAGCUGUAUAGUUCAAUAUUAUAUGUACUUGCUUGGAAAACUAUAAUUCAUUAAAAUAAAAAGCUUAUUUGUACAUGUAAUACAAUAAAGUUGUUUGAUAUUCAAUUAAAUCUGCUUUAUACUCAGGGCCAGCCUUGGGCCACUGCAACCUAUGCGGCCGCAGUGGGCCCCGCACUUUCAUAGGCCCCGCGCUAAUUCUAGAAGUAAAUUAUUAAAUUAAACCAUUAUAAUAUAUAUAUAAUAACAAGGUUUCCGCGGCCUCCUGAUUGUCCAGGGCCUUCUGGAAAUCUGAAAUUAUUACAAUCUCCUGAAAAAUAGACAAAAUUGUCAUUUUGUGAUUCCAAUCGUACCUCGGAUUAAAAAAAAAACAACGGCAUUGUCAUCUUUCAUUUAUGAAAAUUUAUUGCAAAGACAAAUGUAUUUUCUAAUACAAAAUCUAAAUUUUGAAAUUAUCUUUAUCCCUACCCAGAGUGGGCAAUCCGUUUGGCAUAGGGCCCCGCAAUUGUUAUGGCCGGCCCUGUUAUUACUGAAUUUAUGCAAGCCUGUGAUGGAAAAAAUGACUGCAGAAGCAAGAUUAUAUUUCUCUGUAAUAUUUUCAGCAAACGGAAAUUCCCCAAAGUCAAAGAUUCAUGAGGUGUACCCUGGUACCUGACGUCAUUUUGGCGUCAUUUGUUGACUUUGAUGGAUGCAAUGGCUCUUAUUUUUCUAAAUAACACAAACAUUUGGAAUAAAUAGACAUUUGACAUAAAUCUAGUCCUAGAUCUAACGUGAUUCGUUGGUUUACAUUUUCUGAACUUUAUCGAAUUUAAUUUUAUUUAUAAAUAAGGUCUUUGUGAGACGUAUGACUUCCUGACACUGAACAGCACACAUUUUGGCGAGUCUACAACAAAAUGACGGACCCAGCUCAACCUCAGCCCGCCCCUGCUGCCACAGUAACGGGCACGCAGCCCUCGUCCAUGGCUUCAUCUCUAGGCAUUGAUGACCCCAGGGUCGAAAUCACCGCAGACUACCUCCUGAGAAGGUAUCGCCAGAAGCCGGACAGAUGGGUCAAGUUUUAUAACAACAGCGACAACCAUAACGCUUUGAUUGACUUCUUUAACAACCAAGAGAGAGAGGUCGUCAUUUUUGUCUGCACCCCGGCCGCCAUUGACAUGUCUUUCUCAUGGCCUGAUGACCCACAUAAUAUAUUUAGCUAUUUCGUAAAACUGGACCGCAACAAACAGAUCACUAAAGAAAACUUCAGAGACGAGAUGCUCUACGGAGAUUUCUUUCCCAACGAGAUGGACCAGUUCUCCAUGUUUCUAAACAGGAUAGUUGAGAGAAUCGUCAACAACGAGAGGAAUAAUGUGAAGUGGCCGACAGUUGUGACAGAGGACAUCAGGAAACACACUCAGUUACUCAAGACUGUGGUGGACAUCACGUCCUGUAGAACGAAAGGUCAAACCUUGCUGAGAAUCCACAACGACCUCGAAAAUUUUGAAUAUCCCGAUCCCAAGAACCCCAAAUUGAAUCGUAAGACUUUACAUUUAAUUGAAUCCAUGGUGGUCCUUUGGUGCAACGAAAUACAAAACGUCUUGAAAGUACGAAACGCAGAACCGCUCUUGGAAGGCAAAAACCCUACUCCUCAAGUGGAGAUUAAAUUCUGGCAGCUAAGAGCCAAGGACUUUGAACAGAUUUAUCAACAGAUGAUAGAUCCUACUGUGAAAAUGAUGGUCAAAUGUUUGAAGGACGGAAACAGUAUCUACUACAAGUCGUACAAAGAUUUGUAUUCAAGUGUCGUCGGUGCACUGGUGGAGGCCAACGAUAACCUGGCGUACCUCACCACAGUCAGUAACGCCUUGGCCAAAGUGGAAGAGACAGAUUUCGACGCGUGCGCCCCAUUGCUCGGACCACUCAUGCAUACUAUUGGCUUGGUGUGGGUUCACUCCAGGUACUACAACACUGCAGAGAGGAUCACGGUAUUGCUACAGAUGUUAUGUAAUUUUGUCAUUGAAUUGGUGGAUAAUUACAUCUCGCCUGAAGAAAUGUUCAAAGGAGAUAUGGCGGAAACCAUCCCAUUGGUCAAAACAGCGGAGCAGGUCAUGUCUUCUUUCAGAAUGGCCUUUGACGAUACACGAAAGAGGCUGCCUUCCAUGUUUCCACCGGGGGUGACGCCUAGACCUUGGUUUUUCCAACCAGACAUUGUUUUCUCGAGGUUCACGAAGGUUCACGAGAGGUUGAAGAUAGCUUAUUAUCUGAUGGACACUAAUGUUAACUUCAUGAAGCUUGAAAAGGUGGAGUUCGGGGGAAUCCGGGGAAACUCGUUGGGUGAUGACGUCAUUGUAAUCUUUCAAGAGUUCGACGAAGCCUUCAAACUGUUUACUGAGAGCAAAUACAAUCCAUUGGAUGCUUCAGAUCCGACAUUCCUGGAAAACUUUGAAACCUUUAACCUUAUAAUGGCAGACUUUGAUCGUAGACUGGCUACCAUUGUGUGCAAGGGUUACUAUGAUUGUUCUGGACUGGAGAUGAUCUUUAAACUUAUUGAGAUGAUGGGCCCACUGCUUGAGAGACAACUCAUCUUGAAAGACUUCGAUGACAAAUAUCCUCAAGUUGUGAAAAUGAUGGACGAAGCUUUGGAUAUCUGCUUUGAGCUCUAUGAGGAACAGAUGGCAAUCAAAAAAGAGACUGGGAGUAUGGUGGUCCACAAAAACAUGCCGCCAAUGGCAGGGGCUAUGAUCUGGGCUCGAGAGAUUUACAACCGGGUGGCCAUCUAUAUGGAGAGCUUCUCAAGACUCGAGCACCAGAUUAAAAACAUGGAUGAAUUCAAACAUAUUUUUGUUCGACUUGAAGAUUUAAAACAUUUGCUGGACCAGAACGACAAAUUCUAUUUCAACUCGUGGUUAUCUACCGUGGACGAGAUAUGUUCUUUCAACAUGUCACAGCCCUUGUUGACUAGGGACAGCGAAACUCGGCUGCUGGCCGUUAAUUUUGAUGCUAAGCUGGUGGCGGUGCUGAAGGAGAUGAAGUACUUAAAACUGCGCAACAAGGAGCUGAUCCCAGUGAUCCCUGAAGGGGUAUACGAGAAGAGGGACAUGCUGUUUAAAUACUACGCCAACCUGAUGCUCAUCAUGCAGCUGUACAACAAACUCAUCACAGAGUCACUUCCGGUGGAGAAGCCUCUCAUCAGCCCCCACCUGAUGAAGAUAGACAAUGAGUUAGAGGAGGCGCUCACGACUCUCUCUUGGGAAAUGCAAGACAUCUGGGAGUACAUCGCCAACACGCUUCAGCAGAUCCAGGACCUGACUUCUAAGGUGCAACAGACCAAAGACAAUGUUGAAAGGCUCAAGACAGUCAUGGCCACCUGGUCGCAGAGUCCGUUGUUUGAAAGAAAAGAAAAACUGGACAACCUGCUUGGACUCACUGACCGGCACGAGACAGUCAAGAAACGCUACAAUGAAAUAACAGCGGCGGGCGUAGAGGUCCUUGACCUAAUGGAGAACAACAGGGAACUCUUUGACACUGAGAAAACUUCCAACGACUGGCAGAAUUAUGUCGACUAUCUGGAUGCAAUGGUUGUUGAUGGCUUUGUCCAAGUGGUUGCUUGCAGUCUUAAAUACCUCUUGGAGAACGCCAGUGCAGACAAGACAAGCGGGCCUCUCUUUGAAAUACUUUUAGAGCUUCACGCGCCUAAGAUGACGUUUAUCCCUGAUGUAGAGCCUGGCGCUCAGGGAGGAUUCUGGGAUUUAAUUGAAAGUUUGAUUUCCGAUAUUUAUACCCAGGCCUCUCUUAUACCUAGACUGAAAUCUGGUGACCUUCAACCUUAUGAGACUUGCAUUGAAUCCAACCCCGAGCUGACAGACAUUAAAGAGAACGUACUAGACGCAGUGGACAAGACUAUUCAAGAGGUGACCCAAUACAGGGAUGGUCUAAAUUCCUACUCCAGCCUCUGGGUGGAAGAUCGUCAAGAGUACAUGAAUCUUUUCCUGAAGUACAACCACAAGCCAACUCCGGAAGAAUUAUCCAUGGCUGGAGAUGAAGGAAUACCUGAGAAUCCGCCGACAUUGGCUCAGUUUAAAGACAUGAUUGAGUAUUACGAGAAACUGUACCUGGAGAUAGAACAAAUGCAAGCUGUGCUCGUGUUCUCCAAAUGGUUGAGAGUUGAUGCACGAUCCUUUAAGCAAGGAUUAUUAAAUGUUGUUAAAAGAUGGAGUCAUAUGUUCAAACAACACCUGAUUGAUAAAGUUACAGGAGGAUUGGACGGAUUGCAAGAAUUUAUUAUCAAAACAAAUAAAGGUUUGUCCAAAGAACCUAAAGAAGGGGAUUACAACGGACUUGUGGAAAUUAUGGGACUACUAAACGCUGUUCGCGACAGACAGGCGGAGACUGAUGUGAUGUUUGAACCUCUGAAGCAAACCAUUGAUAUGUUGAAGACAUGCGGAGUUGAAAUGUCCGAAAAAGUUUAUUUACAGUUAGAAGAGCUUCCAGAUAAAUGGAUGCAACUGAAAAAGAAAGUAAUGCUCAUGAAGCAAGCUGUUGUGCCCCUGCAGCAGAACCAAGUGGCUAAGAUCAAGAGAAAGAUGAUCUCUUUUGAUGUGAAACAGCACCAGUACAGGGAAGCUUUUAGAAAAUGCCCAGCCUUCUUUUUUAACUGCACCAAACCAUAUAUCAUUAUCAACAAUUGCCAUGAAGAACUGAUGGACAUGGAGAAAGAAAUGCUGGAAAUGCAAGAAUCUGCCAAAAUAUUUGAUGUUCAGCUACCAGACUUUAAACAGCUCAAAGUCUGUAGAACUGAACUGCGACUUUUGAAGAUCCUCUGGGACUAUGUUAUCAUGGUCAGGAUGAUGUUUGAAUUCUGGAACAACAUUCGCUGGUCAGAGAUUGAUGUGGAGCAGAUGGAUAUUGACUGUAAAAAACUUUCUAAAGAAAUUCGGACAUUAGACAAAGAAAUGAGAUCAUGGGAUGUGUAUCUAGGACUAGAGAAUGAGUUGAAAAACAUGAUUACAUCACUGCGGGCUGUGGGAGAGCUUCAGAAUCCUGCAAUCAGAGAGAGACAUUGGAAUGAACUCAUGGAGGCUACUCAGGUAACAUUCUCCAUGAAUGAGGACACCACACUUGCAGACCUGUUGAAGUUGCACCUUCAUAAUUUUGAGGAGGAGGUCAAUGGUAUUGUGGACAAAGCUGUCAAAGAGACAAGCAUGGAGAAAACUCUGAGAGAAUUUGGUGUGACUUGGGCCAACAUGUCCUUCAUCCACAGUGAGCAUGCCAGAACCAAGAUUACACUCCUGAAUGUUGAAGAGGAAGUGAUUGAAACAUUGGAAGAGAAUCAGGUGCAACUUCAAAAUAUGAUGACAUCAAAGUAUAUUGCACAUUUUUUGGAACAAGUGUCUACCUGGCAACAGAAACUAUCAAUAACUGACCAGGUCAUUACAAUAUAUAUGCAAGUUCAAAGAACAUGGCAGCAUUUGGAGAGCAUCUUUAUAGGUUCCGAGGACAUUAGACGACAGCUUCCUGAAGACACUGACAGAUUUGAACGUGUGGAUAACAGUUUCAAGGCUAUAGCAGCUGAGAUGAGUUUGACUCCAAUAGUUGUGGAUGCCUGCACUCAGCCUGGUCUGUAUGAUAGACUGGAUGAUAUACAAAAAGAGUUGGUCAAAUGUGAAAAGGCCCUGGCGGAAUAUCUUGAAACUAAACGACUUGCUUUCCCACGAUUUUACUUUGUGUCAUCUGCUGACUUGUUGGACAUUUUGUCUAAUGGCAAUAAUCCACCAGUGGUGGCUAGGCAGUUGACUAAACUCUUUGAUAGCUUGGCAAAUCUGGAAAUUAGUAAAGCGGAUCCACCAACUGCCUCUGCUAUGUAUAGUAAAGAAGGUGAACGAAUUAAGCUUGAACACAUCUGUGACCUCAGUGGACAGGUUGAAGUCUGGCUUAACAGAGUGGAAGAUGCUAUGAAAGCUACCAUUCGUAAAGAAAUGGGAGAAGCUGUGGCCUCAUAUGAAGAGAAACCAAGGGAGAAGUGGAUAUUUGACUAUGCUGCACAGCCUGCCUUGUGUGGUACACAGAUCUGGUGGACUACAGAAGUGAAUCAGGCUUUCUUCAAACUAGAAGAAGGGCAUGAAGGGGCACUUAAAGAUUAUCUAAAAAAGCAGAUCAGUCAACUAAACAGUUUGAUCACAUUACUGCUAGGAGACUUGAGUGCUGGUGACAGACAAAAAAUUAUGACCAUCUGUACAAUUGAUGUACAUGCCAGAGAUGUGGUGGCAAAAAUGAUAACAUUGAAAGUGGACAGUUCCCAGUGCUUUGUCUGGCUGUCUCAGCUGCGCCACCGCUGGGAUCACAAAGAAGAUGACUGCUUUGCAAACAUUUGUGAUGCACAGUUUCGCUAUGAUAAAGAAUACCUGGGGAAUACACCUCGACUGGUGAUUACACCACUAACAGACAGAUGUUACAUAACUUUAACUCAAUCACUUCAUCUUAUCAUGGGAGGUGCUCCUGCUGGUCCUGCUGGUACAGGUAAAACAGAGACAACUAAAGACUUGGGACGAGCUCUAGGCAUCAUGGUUUAUGUCUUUAACUGCUCAGAACAGAUGGACUACAAGUCAGUAGGAAACAUUUUCAAAGGUCUGUCUCAGUCAGGUUCCUGGGGAUGUUUUGAUGAAUUCAAUCGCAUCGCUGUGGAGGUGUUGUCAGUCAUUGCUGUACAGGUGAAAUCAAUUCAAGAUGCCAUCAGAGAUAAGAAAAAGAGGUUUAACUUUAUGGGUGAAAAUAUAAAACUUGUGUCCACUGUGGGAGCAUUUAUUACCAUGAACCCAGGCUAUGCAGGAAGAGCUGAGUUACCUGAAAAUUUAAAGGCACUCUUUAGACCUUGUGCCAUGGUGGUACCAGAUUUUGAAUUAAUCUGUGAAAUUAUGUUAGUUGCUGAAGGGUUUUUAGAUGCCAGAUUGCUAGCAAGAAAGUUUAUCACCUUAUACAGUCUGUGUAAGGAGCUGCUAUCUAAACAGGAUCACUAUGACUGGGGCUUGAGAGCCAUCAAAUCUGUGUUGGUUGUGGCUGGUACCUUGAAGAGAGGUGAUAGGGGAAGACCAGAAGAUCAGGUAUUGAUGAGAGCUCUGAGAGAUUUUAAUAUUCCAAAGAUUGUUGUUGAUGAUUUGCCAGUUUUUAUGGGAUUGAUAGGUGACCUCUUUCCAGCUCUUGAUGUGCCCAGGAAGCGAGACCUUGACUUUGAAAAAAACAUCAAAGCAGCCACAAUACAGCUCAAGCUGCAACCUGAAGAAAAUUUUAUUUUAAAGGUUGUCCAGCUUCAGGAGCUCUUCGAUGUCCGCCACUCUGUGUUUAUUUUAGGGAAUGCUGGGACAGGCAAAAGUUGUGUUUGGAAUGCACUCAGACAGACAAAUAAAUUGCUUGGAAAAAAACCUGUGGCUAUUGACCUGGACCCAAAAUCAGUGACUAAUGAUGAAUUAUUUGGAAUUAUAAGUCCAGCUACCAGGGAAUGGAAAGAUGGUUUAUUCUCUGUCAUUAUGAGGGACCUUGCUAACAUGUCUGGGGAUGGUCCAAAGUGGAUUGUGCUGGAUGGGGACAUUGAUCCAAUGUGGAUUGAAUCUCUUAACACUGUCAUGGAUGAUAAUAAGGUCCUUACUUUGGCCAGCAAUGAGCGCAUUACUAUGACCAAGUCCAUGAGACUACUAUUUGAGAUCUCAAAUCUGAAGACAGCAACACCAGCAACUGUCUCACGAGCUGGCAUACUUUUCUUGAACCCAUAUGAUGUGGGCUGGAACCCAUAUGCUCAGAGCUGGAUUGAUAAAAGAGAAGUACAACAGGAGAAAGCUAAUCUGACAAUACUGUUUGAUAAAUAUGUUGGCUCCAUAUUGGACUGUUUGAAGAUACGUUUCAAGAAGAUCACUCCUGUUCAAGACAUAGCACACGUACAGAUGUUGACUUACUUACUAGAGUGUAUAUUAACUGAAGAAAAUUGUCCCCUGGAAUCUCCUAAAGAUCUUUAUGAAUUGUAUUUUGUGUUUUGCUGUAUCUGGGCUUUUGGUGGAAGCAUGUUUCAAGAUCAGCUUUCAGACCACAGAGUGGAGUUUAGUAAAUGGUUUGUUCUGGAAUACAAGACUGUCAAGUUUCCCUCCACUGGUACUGUAUUUGACUACUACAUUUGUCCCCAAACUCACACAUUCAAACCAUGGACUAAUUUGGUUCCAGAGUUUGAGUUUGAUCCAGAUACACCUUUGCAGGCUACCAUUGUGCACACAGCUGAGACUCAUCGUCUCAGGUUUUUCCUGGACAUGUUGUUGGCUACCCGUCGGCCAGUAAUGCUGGUGGGAGCAGCUGGUACAGGCAAGACUGUCUUAAUGAACAACAAACUUAAAUCCUUACCUCCCGCAGACUACCUGGUUGCAAAUGUGCCUUUCAAUUUCUACACGACAAGUGAGAUGCUGCAGAAUAUCUUAGAGAAGCCACUGGAGAAGAAAGCAGGACGUAAUUAUGGUCCUCCAGGAACUAAGAAGCUGAUCUAUUUUGUGGAUGACAUGAAUAUGCCUGAGGUAGACAAGUACUUCACUGUACAGCCACAUACUCUUGUGAGAGCCUGCAUUGACCAUGCUCACUGGUAUGAUAGGCAGAAGCUCACCCUGAAGGAAAUUCACAACACUCAGUUUGUUUCCUGUAUGAAUCCAACAGCUGGUUCUUUUACCAUUGAUGCCAGGCUCCAGAGACAUUUUUGUGUGUUUGCCCUGAGUCUUCCAACCCGUGAUGCUCUGGCUACAAUAUAUACCAACAUUUUGAGUCAGCACAUGAUAUUGAAAGGAUACAGUGCUAAUGUCCAGCGUUACAGUUCUAUAUUGGUACAGGGAGCCAUAGCUUUCCAGGCUAGAAUGAUGUCCAGCUUCCUACCAACAGCCAUCAAGUUUCAUUAUAUUUUUAACCUUAGAGACAUGUCCAACAUCUUCCAGGGCCUACUUUUUGCUGGUGCGGAUACUUGUAAAACACCUGCACACCUUGUGAGGCUCUUCUUCCACGAGGCUGAACGAGUGUACAAAGACAAGCUGGUGGAUGAUAAUGACAUAGAGAUGUAUGAGAAAUACCAAAUUGAAAUUUUGAAAAAGAAUUUUGAGGAUCAAAAGGAGGAAGUUAUAAAUGAGAAACCAUUGAUCUGUUGCCAUUUUGCUGCUGGUGUUGGAGAUCCAUUGUACACCUUUAUCUUAGGCUGGCCACAACUGAACAAAACUCUGUCAGAUGUCUUGGACAGUUACAAUGAACUGAAUGCAGCCAUGAACUUGGUACUUUUUGAGGAUGCCAUGGCACAUAUUUGUAGAAUCAAUCGCAUUUUGGAAUCUCCUCGAGGAAAUGCUCUUCUGAUCGGAGUGGGUGGUAGUGGCAAACAGUCACUGUCUCGAUUGGCUGCUUUUAUAAGUGGAUUGGAUGUGUUUCAGAUUACACUUAGCAAACAGUACGCUAUUGCAGACUUAAAAAGUGACCUCAAUGGCUUGUACAAGAAAUCUGGGUUAAAAGGUCUUGGAGUAGUGUUUCUUAUGUCAGAUGCACAGGUGGCCAAUGAGAUGUUUUUAGUCCUCAUCAAUGACCUACUUGCCUCAGGGGAGAUAGCUGACAUAUUAAAUGAUGACGAAACAGAGGAGGUCAUGUCAGUGAUGCUCAGUGAAUGUAAACAGGCUGGUAUACCAGACACCAGAGAAAAUGCUUGGAGCUUUUUCAUUGACAAAGUUCGUAGAAAUUUAAAGGUGGUUCUGUGCUUUUCACCAGUUGGCAAUAUUUUAAGAGUUAGAAGCAGAAAAUUUCCAGCCAUCACUAACUGUACCAGUAUUGAUUGGUUCCAUGAGUGGCCAGAAGAGGCCUUGGUGUCAGUCAGUAGUAGAUUCCUGGGGGACUGUGAACUUCUGGAUAGUCACAUGAGAGUAUCUAUCUCCAACUUCAUGGCAUAUGUGCACAGAUCUGUCAAUGAAGCUAGUGCCCUUUAUCUGAAAAAUGAACAUCGUUAUAAUUACACAACUCCCAAAUCUUUCCUUGAACAAAUUGUUCUGUACCAGAAUUUGUUGUCAAUGAAAAAUGAUGAGUUACAGGCCAGUAUUAUCAGAUUAGAAAAUGGAUUGGAAAAGUUGCGUAGCACAGCAACUCAGGUGGAUGAUCUGAAAUCCAAACUGGCCUCACAAGAGGUGGAACUGGCCACCAAGAAUGCUGAGGCUAAUGAACUGAUCUCUGUGGUGAGUGCAGAGACAGAGAAAGUCAUGGCAGAGAAGGCAGUGGCAGAUGUGGAGGAGGAGAAAGUAUCUAUCAUCACCCAAGAAGUGGAGCAAAAGGCAGCGGAUUGCUCCAGAGACCUGGCCAAGGCUGAACCUGCACUUUUGGCUGCUAAAGAAGCUUUGAAUACUUUAAAUAAGAACAACCUAACAGAAUUGAAGUCUUUUGGUUCACCUCCAGCAGCUGUAACGAAUGUGAUUGCUGCUGUGAUGGUGCUGCUAGCACCAGGAGGCAAUGUCCCUAAAGACAGAUCAUGGAAAAAUGCUAAAGCCACUAUUAUGUCAAAGGUUGACUCAUUCCUUGAUGCUUUAAUCAAUUAUGACAAAGACAACAUACCACUUACCUGCCAGGUGGCUGUGAAGCCAUAUUUAAAUGACCCAGAAUUUGACCCAGAGUUUAUCAAAGCAAAAUCUAAUGCAGCUGCAGGUCUGUGCUCAUGGGUAAUCAACAUAAUGAGAUACUACGAAGUAUUCUGUGAGGUUGAGCCUAAAAGAAUUGCCUUAAAGAAAGCCAAUGAAGAAUUAAAUGCUGCCCAGACUAAACUUUUGGCUAUCAAAUCUAAAGUGCAAGCACUAGAAGCCACUUUGAAUGAAUGCCAGUCAGAACUGAAUAAAGCCAUUACAACAAAACAGAAGUGUCAGGAGGAGGCUGAUGCCACAGCUGCUGUCAUUGAACUGGCUAACAGACUUGUGGGUGGACUGGCCUCUGAGAAUGUGAGAUGGGCCCAGGCCAUCAUGAACUUUCAUGAGAAUGAGAAGACACUUCCAGGAGAUGUACUGCUGACAACUGCUUACAUUUCCUAUAUGGGAUCAUUCACCAAGGUUUACCGCACAGAUCUACUAGACAAGAAAUGGAUUCCAUUUAUUAAAAAAUUGAAGUACCCAAUACCAGUGACAGAAAACUUGGAUCCUUUAAUUCUUUUAGUGGACAGUGCUCAGAUUGCAAGUUGGAACAAUGAAGGCUUACCAACUGACAGAAUGUCCAUUGAGAAUGCUACCAUACUUACCAACUGUGAACGAUGGCCACUCAUGAUUGACCCACAACUCCAGGGAUACAAGUGGAUCAAAACAAAAUAUGGAGCCAGACUCAAGAUCGUGAAACUUGGUAGUGCUGGCUAUCUAGAUGCUAUAGAGAAAGCUGUGGAGACUGGUGAGAUAUUGUUGAUGGAAAACAUUGGAGAAUCUGUUGAUGCUGUCUUGGAUCAUCUGUUGGGGAGGAACACCAUUAAGAAGGGCAAGGCAAUCAAAAUUGGUGAUAAAGAAAUAGCUUACCACAAAAGUUUCAGAUUAAUACUCCAAACCAAACUGGCCAAUCCCCACUACAAGCCUGAAAUGCAGGCUCAGACUACUAUUAUCAAUUUUACAGUCACAAGAGAUGGAUUAGAAGAUCAACUAUUAGGGGCUGUGGUUUCCAAGGAGAGACCUGACUUGGAGAAACUCAAAUCUGACCUCACUAGGCAACAAAAUGAGUUCAAAAUUAUACUUAAAGGUCUAGAGGAUAAUCUUCUAGCCAGACUGUCCACAGCUGAAGGAAAUUUCUUAGGGGACUAUGCCUUAGUUGAAAACUUAGAGACCACCAAGCGUACCGCUGCUGACAUAGAGGCCAAGUCGGCAGAGGCUAAAAUUACAGAAGUUGAAAUCAAUACAGCAAGAGAAAUUUAUCGACCAGUCUCAGCCAGAGCUUCAUUGCUGUAUUUCAUUCUCAAUGAUUUGUAUAGAAUUCAUCCUAUGUAUCAGUUUUCUUUAAAGGCUUUCAGUGUUGUGUUUGACAAAGCUAUUGACAGAGCUGAAUCAGGAGAUACAGAAGAGGAGAGAGUGAAGAACUUGAUAGACUGUAUCACUUAUUCAACAUAUGUAUAUACAACCAGAGGGCUGUUUGAAAGAGACAAGUUGAUCUUUGGAACAAUGUUGACAUUCCAAAUUUUAGCUCAACUAAAGGAAAUAGAUAUGGAUGCUUUAGAUUUUCUGCUUCGUUAUCCUGCAACCUCUGAUGUGCCUUCUCCUGUAGAUUUCCUAAAUGAUCUAAGUUGGGGAGGAAUCAAGGCUCUGUCAGAAAAAGAAGCCUUUAAGAAUUUGGAUAAAGAUGUUCUUGGUUCAGCAAAACGCUGGAAGAAAUUUGUGGAAGGUGAAGCUCCUGAGAAAGAAAAGUUCCCUCAAGAAUGGAAAAAUAAAUCUCUGAUUGAAAAACUGUGUAUGAUGCGAGCAUUACGACCAGAUCGUAUGAGCAAUGCCAUUACUCAGUUUAUAGAGGAAACCAUGGGACGUAAAUAUGUGGAGAACAGAUCUGUAGAAUUUGGUAAAUCUUUUGAGGAAUCAGGACCUGCUACUCCAAUGUUCUUUAUUCUCUCCCCUGGUGUUGAUCCACUGAAGGAUGUGGAAAAGCUUGGAAGGAAGUUAGGUUACACCACAGCCAAGGAGAAUCUCCACAACAUCUCCUUAGGCCAGGGACAGGAAAUUGUAGCAGAGCGUGCCAUUGAUGUGGCUGCCAAGAAAGGUCACUGGGUUGUGUUACAGAAUGUCCACCUAGUUGCAAGAUGGCUUCCAAACCUAGAGAAGAAGCUGGAGCAGUAUUCAGAAGAGAGUCAUCUUAACUACAGACUGUUCAUCAGUGCCGAGCCUGCACCAGAUCGAGAAUUUCAUAUCAUUCCUCAAGGAAUCCUUGAGUCUUCUGUCAAGAUCACUAAUGAACCACCUACAGGCAUGUUUGCUAACUUGCAUAAAGCUCUGGACAAUUUUACACAGGAUACCCUUGAGAUGUGUUCUAAAGAAAUGGAGUUCAAGUCCAUACUGUUUGCCCUGUGCUACUUCCAUGCUGUAGUUUGUGAAAGAAGAAAGUUUGGAGCUCAAGGCUGGAACAGAGUCUACCCCUUCAAUGUGGGAGAUUUGACCAUCAGUGUUAAUGUAUUGUACAAUUAUCUGGAAGCGAACAACAAAAUCCCAUGGGAAGAUCUUCGUUACUUAUUUGGUGAAAUUAUGUAUGGAGGACAUAUCACAGAUGACUGGGACAGAAAACUUUGUAGAACUUACCUUGAAGUUUACAUGAAUCAGGAUAUGAUUGAUGGGGAGUUGUUCUUGGCCCCAGGCUUUGCUGUGCCCCCCAACAGUGACUAUGAAGCCUACCACCAGUACAUUGAUGAUGAGCUACCCCCAGAGAGCCCUUAUCUCUACGGCUUACACCCCAAUGCUGAGAUUGAGUUUCUCACAAAGACCUCAGACAACUUGCUGAGAACUGUCUUUGAGAUGCAGCCUAGAGAUGCUUCCGGUGAAUCUGGUGAGACAGUCUCUAAGGAAGAGAAGGUGAAGGAGAUUCUGGAUGAGCUAACAGAGAAACUUCCAGACCCAUUCAAUGUAGAAGAGAUCAUGCAGAAAGUGCCUCCAGAUGAAAGGACCCCAUUUGUUGUAGUGGCCUUCCAGGAGUGUGAGAGGAUGAAUAGUUUGACAGGGGAGAUAAGGCGUACACUUAAAGAACUGGAUCUUGGCCUCAAGGGUGAACUGACUAUUACAAAUGAGAUGGAACAACUCAGCAAUUCUUUGUUUUUAAACAAUGUGCCUGAAAGAUGGGAAAAAAAAGCUUACCCUUCUUUGUUUCAGUUGGCCCAGUGGUAUGGUGAUAUGAUUCAAAGAGCAAGAGAAUUGGAAAAUUGGAUCAAUGAUUUCAACCUGCCUGCUAGUGUUUGGUUGGGAGGAUUCUUUAAUCCUCAGAGUUUUCUUACUGCUAUCAUGCAGCAAACAGCCAGAAAAAAUGAAUGGCCUCUGGACAGGAUGUGCCUACAGUGUGAUGUCACUAAGAAAAACAAAGAAGAAAUGUCUGGUCCACCCAGGGAAGGAGCCUAUGUUCACGGUCUCUAUAUGGAGGGAGCCAGGUGGGACAUGCAGACAGGUUUUAUUGCUGAAUCCAAUCUGAAAGAGCUAACACCGAGAAUGCCUGUUAUAUUUCUCCGAGCCAUACCUGUGGAUCGUGUAGACCAGAGGCUGGUUUAUGAUUGCCCUGUUUAUAAGACCAAAAGCAGAGGCCCCACUUAUGUUUGGACUUUUAGACUGAAGACGAAACAAGAACCCUCAAAAUGGGUGUUGGGUGGUGUGGCUCUGCUACUUCAAGUGUAAGAUAUUGAUUCCACAUUUUUUUUUAGUUUUAACACAUUUUUAUCUUAUGUUACAAUCAUAUUUGGCCUUUUAAUAUUUAAGUGUUGAGGUAAAAUAACCACAAAAAAAAAAUGAACAAAAACAUGUUUCCAGUGAACCUGUUGGCUUAUAAUUGUUGAGUUGUAAGAGAAUUGUUUCAUUCUCUCUAUAGUUUAACAUAAAAGGUUUUUUAAAGCUACAAAAGCAUAUUUUCCCAUUACUUUUAUAAACUGUAAGGGAAGCAACUUGCAUAAUUUAUGUCUGCGAGAUAUUUCUAAAAAAAUAUUGAUGGCUGUGAAUUAUUUAUUUAUACUUUUGUUGAAGUUAUGAAUAUUUCUUUUCAAUAAAAUGAUUACUUUGUAAGA